UCAGCUGACGAUUGCUGGAACUUCCCUUCACCUCAUAAAUUGUGCUGGAUUUUCACAAUCAGCUACUAUAAAUCACUAUCGCCAUCCUUUCUCACUGACAGUGACAAUGGCAUCUGCUCCCAACCCCGGUCAAACACUCCCUAGAAUGCCAGUGGUCGUGCCUGCCAUGGUCCCUCCCUCGAAUGGCGCUGAAGCCUCUACAGGGGCGGCUAGUAACACUGACCCCAGUCCUGAUGCCUGGGACUCUGAAACGCAACUUGUUUCCUCGCUCGCGAAGCUUCAGAAGAUGGAAGCAAUGAUCCAUCAACUACGGACUCUACUUCCCGAGCGCCUUCUGGAGCCCCUGGCACCCAUUGUCAACCCCAAGGCCGCUGCGGGAAGAUCCGUCCCCAAGUCCCCGCAAAUGCUGUAUGAGCAGCUCGCUCAAGCAGCGCGCGCGGGUGUCUCCGAGCUGCAAGAGUUUCAGUCGAUGUGGAGAAGUCCCGAGAUGAAAGCAGUCUGGGAUCGCGUCGACGCGCAAAUUAAAGAAAACGGCGGCGUGAUGCUGCAGCCCACGGGGAAAUGGGAACGAGAUUACGAUACCAUUCUCGCGGAUCUCCGUGAGGAGGAGCAGGCUCAGACUGAGCAACAGCAGAAAGCUAAUGAGGAGAUGGAGCGAUCGAAGAUCCAGGCUACUGAGGGUGGAUGGAGAGCGAUUGUUGACGGCUUUGCUCAGAAGAAUGUGCCUGGUGUGCGGGUCUUGGCGAGUCAGAGUGAAGCGGCUGUUACUGUUGUGCUUGUCAAAGCUGGAAUAGUGUUCAGGGUCGAGGCUAUUGCUGGUCGGGAUGGCAAUGGCGUUCCUGAUUGGCGGGUUUUUACUAGGACGCCUGGGGGACAGACGCCUUCCAAGGUCGAGACCGCUGUGACGCAGUGCUUGAAUGCGAGGCCGCGACAGUGGGAUUUGCUUUAUCUACUUGACAUGAUAUCGUCCUACUCGACUAUCAAACAGACACCCUGCGCAAAAUGCGCCAAGAUGACCGACAGCACUGCAACCCUUCCCACCAUUCGGAAGCCAUCUUCUACUCCCCAAGAACAGGGGAGUCAAACCUGGGAAGCCUAUCAUCAAGGCUGUGCCGAGUGAAUGGCCAAAGGAAACAUCACAGUAAAUAUACUUAUCGAUGGAACCUUCCAUUCCAACAAUUCCAAGACGCCUCAACAUCUCAUAUACCAUAUAUCAGUCGAUCCGAGACUCGUCACCCGCAUCGGUGGCAUAUCGCGGGUGUAACCAGUGCAUAUUCCUCGGAACAAUCAACACAAAGAAAAACAAAGGUGCAUUGGCAUCACACCUACUCCUCCACAUCCAACCUUGCCGGGAAAAAAUUGGCCACUUUCCCCUCAACAAGUGGCUCAAGCACCCUAUGGCCGGGACGACGACGAGAGCCGUGCUC